AUGUCGGCCUCAAUCUCUGUCACAGAAAAGGCUACACCUGACUGUAUUAUCACCCCCUCUAUUUCGACCACUCGUGAGAAUACUGCAGUCGAACAAACCGCAAUCAAUGAAGAUCCCAAGUACGCCUCGGGCCUGGAAUUAUGGGCCAUCAUGGGCAGCAUCUUCUUGGCCACGCUGGUUGCCGCCCUAGAUCUAGGUAUCGUCGCCACGGCCAUCCCGGGCAUCACGAGCGACUUCCACAACAUUGACGACAUCGGCUGGUAUAGCGGCACAAUUUUUCUCACUGUCGGCGCCAGCUCGCCCCUCAUUGGCAAGCUUUAUAAGUAUUUCUCCGGCCGCUGGGUCUAUCUUGGCAAUGUCCUCACGUUCCUGGUCGGUAGUCUGAUUGCUGCUCCAGCCCCAAACGGUGCCUGUUUAAUUGUCGGGCGCGCCCUACAGGGUGUUGGUGUCGCUGGUGUGCUUGGGGGUUCUGUGCUCAUGAUCACUUAUAUUGCUGAGCCUAAGCUACGUCCAAUGUUAAUCGGCGUAUGGACGGGCGUGCUCAUGCUCUCCACCGUCCUGGGUCCCUUGGUAGGCGGCGCCUUCACCACUAAUGUGAGCUGGCGAUGGUGCUUUUGGAUCAAUCUCCCCAUCGGUGGCCUCAUUAUUGCGAUGGUGUUGCUCUACUUCCACAUGCCCGAGCACGUCAAGCCUGUACCAGCCACGUGGAAAGUGAUCCUGCUGCAUCUUGACCUGCCAGGGUUUGCCCUUCUGCUCACCUCGGUUGUCCUCUUCACGCAGGCCAUGCAAUGGGGGGACAAACCAAAGCGUGGAGCGAUGGGUGAAUACGCCAUGAUACCGUUGAGAAAUCUCAAGUCGCGCCUUUUUUGGACUAACGCCUUGUAUGGUUGGCUGGUCAACCUCGCCGACUUCCAGGCCCUAUUCUAUCUUCCAAUAUACUUCCAGUCAAUUCAUGCACAGUCGGCUAUCACCAGUGGCGUUAACACCAUCCCGUUCGUCGCCCUCUUUGCUCUGGGAUCCUUGCUGAGUGGAUUUCUCGUUUCCAAGACGGGCCAUCUGCAGCCACUCCAGUUUGCCAGCGGGAUACUGGCCACCGCCGGUGCCGCUCUACUCUACACCAUGGACAUCGACUCUAACAAGGCUCGCUACAUUGGGCCUCAAAUACUUCUAGGCUUUGGCAUCGGUCUGGGCAACCAGAUUCCAAUGACAGCGUACCAAUUCUUCUCCACUCUCGAAAACGUCCAGGAAAACACAGGCAUUAUGCUUAUGACUAACGGCAUGAGCGGCGCCUUUUUCGUCACGGCAGCUUCAUCCAUCUUUGCCAACCGAAUGCUGCAGACUGUUGUCAGGUUGCGCCCCAAUCUUGAUCCACAAAUCAUUCUGCAGACCGGCGCCUCGGAGCUUCAGGUGGUCUUCCACGGUGCUGACCUGCUAGCGGUACGUCAGGCGUACAUGGUGGGUAUCAAGGAUAUCUUCGCCUUCUCUGUCGCUGGUGCCGCCUGCACUGCGGUUGUGUCCCUGAUUAUACCUAGGACAAGGCUCCCUGGUCAUGGUAAGAUGGAAGUGGAAUCGGAGGACUCGAGGGCAUCUCUGUAG